GUCUUGAUUAAUACAUUUUCAUCCUAGUACAUGUAUGUAUAUACCUCCAUGAUUAAGUACCUCUUCGACAUUUUUAAAAUGCGCUGCAUUCACAUUAGCUGUCACACCCAAUGGUAAAUGUAUGAUAUGACGUCAUGAGUUCUUAAGAAGUCUUCUUUCGAUCAAUGUGACGUUUUUUCCCAAAACAAAUUGCUAUGAGAAUCAAACAGAACACAAACGAAGCAAAAUGUUUACUUCGUAAAUGAAGGCGUGAUAAGACUGUCGUAGUUAGACAGAUAUGUCUACAACUAUGGAGUCUGGAGAAUGGGAAGAUGCUGAUAGCGAUGGGGAGUCUGUCCACAAGGCCAGUGGUGUUGAGCGCCUCAAACGGAGACAUGACAACACGAAGGACCGUAGUGAAUUGUGCAAAGCAUUUGACAUCGACAUGAAAUACGACCCAAACCAAUCAAUGGAAGAACAGCAUGCAAAAGUCAUAGCACUAUUUAUAGCCAAACUUUACGAAGAGAAAAACCUCUGUGAUGUUAUCCUAAAAGUUGGUAAAGAUGAAUUACCGGCACAUAAAUUUGUCCUUUCAGCCCAUAGCCCAAAGCUCUUUAAACUGUUCGUUGACAAACAUGAAGGAACGGACGUAGAACUGUUUCUCAAUAAAGCUACAAUAGAGGGCGUAGCUGCUACCCUGUGUUUUAUUUAUACCCACAAAAUCGUUGUGUCCAUUGCAACGGUUGAUAGCCUGCUGUCUGCAUCUAAGGAACUUGGGUUCCAGGAGAUCAUCCAAAUGUGUCAACGGUUCUUACUGACCGAUCGCACUUUAACCAUAUUCGAGCAGCUUGACGUUGCGCAAAAACACAACCUAGAUGAUGUCACUAAGAAUCUCAAUCAACACAUAAAUGAACAUUUUCUUGAAACCGUUUACUCGCUCUAUUCAAUGGGAUUUCUGAAUUGUUCUUUUUCUCAGCUUUGUGAACUUUUAUCGAGAGAUGAUAUUCACGUUAUUUCGGAAAUUGAUGUAUUUUAUGCUGCAUUUGCGUGGUUGAAUGCGAAGAGGUCAGAGCGGAUGAUGCACGCUGUUGAUGUAAUGAAAUGCAUCAGGUUUAUGCUCAUGUCUCCUGAAGAAAUUGCGACUCACGUUGAAACUACCCAUGUCCUGAAAAUUCCGGAAAUCAAAGCUAUGGUUUACCAAGCAGUGAGAUAUCACGCUCUUUUGAAUACGGGUAGUUCAUUGGCGAGUGUUGUCAAAGUACCACAUCAAAGAAAAUGGAUCCCUGCAUCGAAAAAGAAUAUACAAAUACGUGACAACUCCGUCAUCUUCGGAGGCUCAUCGAAGAAACCAACGACAAACAAAAAAGACAAGGGACAACAAGAAUUAUCUGAAUAGGCCAGCAACAGGGAGGAUAAGCUAUAUGGAAAUUGUACGUGAACGUAUGAUAUUGUAACCAACAUAUAUGACCAACCUCAUAUUAACUGGCUUUUUAGUGCCCUAUAUCUUUAUCCGGAUCAAACGAUCGAGUAAAUACUACGAUUUAUCCCAUACUUAGUAAUGUUAUAGGUAAAUUACAUUCGGGAAUAUAAUUGAUAUCUGAGGUGAGCGGGUGAUAUACAUCGUAUCUCCCGCUGAGGUGAGCGGUAGAUA